AUGACUUGUAAUGCAAGUUUGAAAGAAGAUAACAGAUCUUUAACUUCAUCGGAUAAAAGCGAACAGCUGAGUGAUACAUCAGACGUAGGUGAAAUCAAUUACGAGAACGUUGUGGAGGCGGAAAAGACUGCUGCUGGUCUUGUGUGUCAAAAGGGUAAUAAUUAUGAGCGAGACUUGCAACAAGCGCCGAUAGGCCAACCGACAAUGAUAGUGAGUUUUCAAGUCCCCAGGAGAGAGGUAGAUGAAAGUAAUGAAUCCCAGUGUCUUGAAAGGAAGUCGCUGACUCAGAAGGAAUUAAAUUCAGUACAGAGAAGGAAGCAAAUUGCAGAAUACAACUCGCUAAAGCUCAAGGAAGAAAGACAAAGGCGAUACCGAAUACGAAGAGGCGGCGAACUGUCGUUUCUGUAUGGAAAAUAUGAUGCUCAUAGUGACAAUGCGAGCAAUAAAGUCGACACACCGUCUUCGAAGAGGAAGAAGAGGGUAAGCUUCGAAUUCUAA